GAAAGCAAUCAUCUUGCUUUUUUCUAAUAUUUCAACGACACUUUCAACCAACAAGUGUUGGUUUUAUUCUUGUUCUGUUUCUCUCUGUUUUGUUUUCAUUGCUUCUCUCUCCUCUUCCCUUUAGAUCUCUUUGGAUUCUGAUUCGAUAUCUUCUGCUUGGUUUUAUCACUUUCUUUAGAAUCUUAGUCUUUCUUAUCUGGUUUUUCCUCUCUUUGUUAACUUUACCUGUUUGGUUGCAGAAACUCGUGAGUGUAGAUCAGUUGAAACCCCAAUAAAGAUAAGAAAAGAGAAACCCUUUUAUAGGUUUUAUUGGGGUUUUGUCUCAUUCUGAGAAAUGGGUUCACAGAUUGUUAAGAAGGACUGAGAAGAAACAACAUUUUUCACCUGCAAGUUUCUUGUCUAGUUGCUUGAGGCUUUUUGGUUUGGUAGAAAAAAUUGGAUUAGAGUUAUGAGAAGAGGUAGAGGGAAGGGGAAGAGGCAGAAUGCUACUGCUAGAGAAGAUCAUGGAAGCGGUGAAGAAGAAGAAAAGAUUCCAGCUUACAGGAGAAGAGGGAGGCCACAGAAGCCCGUGAAAGAUGAAACCGAUGGAGAAGAAGAGAUGGUGGAGAAGGAUGAUGAUAUAAAUGGUUCAGUAACAAGUAAAGAAGAAGUGACAGAGAAUGGGAGGAAGAGGAAGAAAGCAGUAGAGUCUAAAGAGAGUAAUGUAACCGAAGAGGAGAAUGGGUUAGGUUCAAAAUCAAGCACAGAUGAUUCAGUUAAGUCAUCAUUGUCUACGGGGUUUAGACAAAUUGGGAGCAGAAGGAAGAACAAACCAAGACGAGCUGCAGAAGCUGUUGUUGAAUGUCAUGGGUUUUGAAAAAAGAGGUUCUUAUAACGCUUUUGAAACCGCUUUUUUUUUGUCUCUUGAUGACCACUUUUGUUGCUAGGACCCGAGUUUGAUGCGGGUGCGUUUAAGUUUCAUACAUGGAAUCAGAAUUUUUGAUUAUUCAGAACACUUCCCUUUGUCUGAAUUGUCAUGGAGUUUUGAAGCUCUUAUCUCUUGUUGUUGAGUAGAGCCUAUAAUACUCUUUAAUUCCCAUGAAAAUGAAACGUUUGUUUAUGUC